AUGCCCCCGCGCCGACGUCCUCCUCCUGCGGGGGCCCGAACUGAGCUUCCGCCGCUGAAGAUCGUGCGAAAGAUCCUCUUACUCCAGCUCGCCUACUAUGCUUCCGCAACUGCCUUGAUCCUAUUCACGACUUUGGUUUAUGGUACGGCGUUUUCGCUCAAUCUCGUUCUCAGCUGGGAUGCGUUGCGAGGGGACACCACGCUCGGGUGGAUGCUCGGGCUAGUAUGGAUGCUAAAUAGUGGGAUUGGGGCCAUUUUCCUCCUCGUUCUCGUCGCACGGUCUAAACUUAUCCCCGAUUUCGCUCUGACCCUGCAUUUUCUGCACCUCAUCGCGACCACCCUCUACACGCACUCGCUCCCCGGCAACUGGCUUUGGUGGGGUCUCCAGUGCGCCAGCGCGGCCCUGAUGACCUUUGUGGGCAUGUGGGCUUGUCAGUGGCGGGAGCUCAGGCCCAUUAGUUUCGGUGGAAUUUCCGGGAAGGCCACCGGCAACGGCGCCUCCGAGUCUGCCGCCGCAGGGAGCUCGUCCCGAGGACGCCAGGAUGGUGACGAAUACGAAAUGGCGGAGAUGAAGGGUACAGGCGAGCAAGCCGUUUAG